AUGUCUGCAACAAAACCAAGCAACUUUUAUACGGCUUGUCGAAAUAAUGAUGUGGCCACAGUAGCAAAAUUAUUACCGAAACUUACACUUCGAGAUAUUAAUAAAAUCGAAUCUAACGGUUCCACGGCUUUGCAUGCUGCUGCUUUCUAUGGUAAUCGUGAAAUAGUUCGGAUGCUACUAACAAGAGGUGCAAAACGUAUGAUUAAAAAUAUUCAUGGCAAUAUACCAUUCGAGGAGGCAAAGACUACUGAAGUAAAGAACUUAUUCAUGCGUGUAUCUGAAGGUGGAGCCGAAUCAAACAACAGAUUUACAGCUGAGAAAAGUUCUACAAUGGAAUGGAUUUUCAUUGACAAAGAUCCAUCGGUCUACGCUUCGUUUAAUCGUAAAAGUCUCUUGAGUUGUCGAACAGACGAAGAAUUUAAUCGUUUAUGUCAGGGUAUUCGCCAAUAUUACAUCAAUGAGAAUGGUCCAUUGGCUAAUGAAAAAAAUAUUGAUGUAGUUCGCGAAUUCAUCGAUGAUGCAAUUAAAACUAAUGAUCCAAAACUAGUUAUACGUGCUUAUACAGCAGAAACCGGCUUUUAUCGUCGAGUUAACAAGGAUCUUUCUCAGCUGCCUACUCAUUGGUCUGGAACCAAGCACGAACGAAAUCUUGCAUCGAUUAUGAUUUUUCAUCCUGCGCUUCAACGUUUGUCGUUUACAGGCCAAACAUAUCGUGGAAUGACGAUGCCGUCAGAAGAGCUCAAAAAAUACAUUGUCAACGCUUUGUUCAUGAAUAAGACAUUUCAAAGCACAUCGAAAGAACGAGACCAGAUAGAAGUGUUCACCGAACCCCUUGGUUCAUCUAAGGUUGUGCGAGUUGUAUGUAAAUAUUUGAUUAAGAAUACUGGCACAGCACUCGAUAUUCAAACUCUUUCGGAAUUUUCACAUGAGAAAGAAGUCUUGAUAUUGCCUUAUGCUACAUUCAAAGUAAAAGAUAUCCGAAAGGUAACCAACAACGGUGAUAUUAUUACAGAAAUCGACAUGGAGGAGAAAAGCGGCGAAAAUGAUGAUCAACAAGGUCAAUCAGUGUUGGAAAACAACAUGUCAUAUCAUAAAUCACACUCAUAUACUUCAACAGAAGAAACAACAACAAUAACAGGAAACAUUAUAGGUAAUGGUUUUGAAAAAAUGUUCAAAACUUCACAUGAAAAAGAAAAAUCCGAUCCAUCUGAGUUAGCCAAACUUAAGACAGGAAGUUUUGGAGUUAAACAUAAUAAACAUGCGUACACAGAGAAAAGUAAGUCAAGAGAAUCUAAUUAG